AUGGAUUACGCCAGCUCCGGCUCGUGGCCUUCUCAGGUGCCGGCGCCCGAGAAGUCUAGCAAGCUCUACAUUCGCGACUACCCCCAUCGCUCAAUUGCGAUCGUUUCGUCCUCUCACGCACUCAUCUUCCGUUACAACUUUAACAGCACCGGCGCGGCCGCGAACGGCUCCCUCACUUCCCUCGCAUCCACCCGCUCGCGACCCAACGGAGGCGACGGCGCCGCAGCGAAAUGCAUGGUCGAGUUCACUCAGAUCACAAAGAAAACACUAGCCGAUUACCGUUCCCUGACGCCGCGACCGAUCUACGGAACAUUGGGCCUGAUAUCCGUGGAAGGAGAUGUGUUCCUCUCCGUCGUAACACAUGCCACAAGAGUUGCCACCCUUAGGCCGGGAGAGACCGUGGAGCGGAUUGCAAGCGUUGCCUUCUUUUGUCUCAACAACAGCGAGUGGGAUGAUGUGGUUUCUCUGGACCCUCUGGACUCCGAGAUGUCGGAUGUCAACUCGGUCUAUGGUCAAAACCUGAGAGGACGCGAGGUAACCCUCGAGCACCCUUGUACAGAUCUGCGCAAGCUUUUGGGGAAUGGAACAUUCUACUACAGCACCGACUUCGAUUUGACAAACAGACUACAGGACAGAACGGUGAACUCAUCUGUAUUUGAUAUCGACAACUUUGACGACUCAUUUUUGUGGAAUUCGUUCAUGAUUAGUCCGCUGGUUCAGUUCAGGUCUCGGCUGUUGCCCCAGGAGCGCGACGCACUUGACCAUUCGCGGUUUCUGACAUCAGCUAUCCGUGGCUUCUGCCGUACGAUGGCAAUCCCACAAACAAGUGCUCCUCUGAGAACAAGGUCAACCGGGCUGCCAUCGUACUUGACAGUCAUUUCGCGUCUGUCAAGUCGGAGGGCCGGAACUCGAUUCAACUCUCGAGGCAUUGACGACGAUGGCAAUGUUGCUAAUUUCGUUGAGACGGAAACCAUGUACUGGAGUCCAGGAGGCACCUUGUUCUCCUAUGCCCAAGUCAGAGGCUCUGUACCGCUCUUCUGGGAACAGACCGCCGAGCUUAUUCCCGGUAAACAGAACAUCACCGUCAUUAGGUCUCCCGAGGGAGCUCAGCCGGCGUUCAACAAGCAUUUCGAUGAGCUGGAGCGAGCCUACGGCGCUGUUCAUGUCGUCAACCUCCUUAGCGAGGGCAAGCCCGGUGAGGCGCAACUCAGCCAGCUGUAUCACCUCGCGGUACAGCACUGCCCAUUGAGCCAGGUCGGAGAGGACGAGUCUCAGGAUCACGCACUACUAAGAGAAACCCACUACGACUUUCAUGCCGAGACGAAGGGCCCCGGAGGGUACGAGGCCGCCCGUCAGAUCCGCAGAUACAUUGAAAACUCUACGGAUGGGUUUGCGUACUACUUGGCCGAAGAGUCGGAUGACGCUGGCCCGGACGCAGAUGCACAGGGUGCCGCGCGGAUGGUGGUUGUUCUUCAACAAGAAGGCGUCUUCCGUACCAACUGCCUCGAUUGCUUGGACAGAACGAAUCUGAUUCAGACUCUCAUUUCCCAGAUGGCCACAGAAGCAUUUUUGGGCCACAAGGGGGAGUAUGCUACGCAAGACUUCUGGAUGAGACACUCAACCCUGUGGGCAGACAACGGAGAUGCCUUGUCCAAGAUUUACGCCGGAACUGGUGCUCUAAAAUCAUCUUUUACCCGCAAUGGAAAGAUGUCGCUGGCUGGUGCUGUUGCAGAUAUGCGCAAGUCUGUGCAGCGACUUUACCACAACAACUUUACCGAUUCGGCAAGGCAAACGACGAUUGAUCGACUGCUUGGACGCCUUGUCAACCAAGCGCCAGUUCUCCUGUUCGACCCAAUUAGCGAUUACGUCUCUGGUGAACUUACCAAGCGUAGUGCUGAGUACUCCUCUGUGCAGGACAUUACAAUGUUGGUCGGCACUUUCAAUCUCAACGGCCGCACCGAGGGUGUGGAUUCCGACUUAGCUCAGUGGCUCUCCCCCGACGAGCUUGGAGAUGUGCAGCCUGAAAUCGUUGCCGUCGGUUUCCAAGAAAUUGUUGAGCUGAGCCCACAGCAAAUCAUGAACAGCGACCCUUCGCGGAAGCAGCUCUGGGAAAGCGCAGUGAGAAGGUGUCUCAAUCAGCGUGCUCAGGCACUCGGAGGAGAGAGAUACGUCCUCCUUCGAAGUGGGCAGCUUGUUGGAGCCGCGUUGUGUAUUUUCGUCAAGGCAUCUACGUUGGCGAAGAUCAAGAACGUGGAAGGAAGCGUAAAGAAGACUGGCCUGUCAGGAAUGGCAGGCAACAAGGGAGCCGUAGCCAUUCGGUUUGACUUUGCAAAUACCCAAAUUUGCUUCGUGACAGCCCAUCUGGCCGCAGGCUUCUCGAACUACGAUGAGAGGAACAGAGACUAUGCGACAAUUCAUCACGGCCUGCGUUUCCAGCGAAACCGCGGAAUUGAUGACCAUGACGCUGUCGUGUGGUUGGGAGACUUCAACUAUCGAAUUGGCCUAACCUCGGAAGCUGUUCGUACGCUGAUUAAGAAGCACGAUUUGGAUUUGCUUUACGAGAACGACCAAUUAAACCUGCAAAUGAUCGCGGGUCUGGCGUUCCCGUACUACUCUGAGGCUAGGAUCAACUUUCUGCCCACUUACAAGUUCGAUCUCGGAACCGAUGAAUACGAUACUUCUGAGAAGCAGAGAAUACCGGCUUGGACCGAUCGCAUUUUGCGCAAGGGCUCCAAUCUCCGUCAACUUGCCUACAAUUCAGCACCACUCAAGUUUUCAGACCACCGGCCAGUGUAUGCAAUUUUCCAAUGCAACGUAAGCAUCGUGGACGAAACUCUUCGCGACAGGAUUAGCCAUGACCUCUAUCAACGACGAAAAGCCGAAGUUGGCGACUCAACGGCAAACCUGGACUCAGAAGAGACCGACGAUGAGGACCUGAUUGGCUACGAGGCCAUCGAGCCCGGACUGCCUCCAGCCAGUUCUGAUCGUCAAAAGUGGUGGUUGGAGAACAAGCAGCAAGCAAGAGCCGAUAUCAAGCAGCCCAGAGCUCCCGACGGGCACACGACGAUUCUGAAUCCCAAUAGGCCACCAAAUCCCUUCACACCAACGACAGAGCCUGACUGGGUCAACGUUCCGCGGUCGAGGCUAUCAUCUUUUUCGAGUGUGUCGACAUCGCCGUAUGAACACGUCUACGCACCAAGCGACCUCUCAUCGUCCGCAACGAGUACGACGGCUAGGAGGCUGCCUCCACCUUUCGACCCGUCAGCUAUGCCAGCUAAGAUAGGCAGACUGAACAUCAAAGACGAGAAGUCAUCGCAACGAGGCGAGACACCACCCCCGCCUCCGCCGCCUAGGAGGCAGACCGGAGGCAUGGCCGCAACUCAAGCAGCCCCAUUGACGAUGAAUCAAGCGCCUCUGAUACCCUCCAACAAGUCGCAGACAGUACCACCCGCUGUUCCACGGCCCUCUUCAGCCGUGUCCCAAUCCUCGACACAGUCCAAAAGUAAGCCGGCGCCACCCGUCGCGAAGAAACCAGCACAUUUGGCCACGGCGCCUGCAUUGGUAAACGACGGGAACGGCUAUCGUGAUGACGACCCAUCAGACAGGCCGCCGCUGCCAGUACGAGCCUCUACGGGGCUGUCAACCACGAGUUCGGGCGUUGGCGGCGGCGUCGUGAGGAAGCCAGUAGGUGCACCGGCCAAGCCCCCGCCUAAAAGGGCGGAAACAUUGAACAUGCCAGGAAGGCAGUCUCCAGCGGGGGCGAUUGCACUUCCGGGCAUGAGACCUAGCGAAGCACGACAAAAGCCCUUGAUUCCAGCCAAAAUCCAGAGGAAACCAGCACCAGUAGACUUGUUAGACUCCCUGGGCGAAGAUAAUCAUAGCGACAUAGGAAGCUGGGAGACGCUUGUCCCCAGUACACAGAAGUAG